AUGGAAGCAUAGUUUGCAGAUUCAUCUGCAAAACUUACUGAGAAAGUGAAAAUGCAGUGCAUGUAUAUAUAAAAAAAAAAAGCUGUGAUAAUCCAGACAUCCUGGAUGAAACUUAAUGUAACUCUUAGAGAAAAUACAGCUGUCUUGAGUCCAAUCUAUGGCAUACAUAUCAAAGACAAAUACAAUGGAAGAAUUUAUUUUGAAAAAAUGCCCUUCAUCAAGAGCACUUUGGAAGAUGAUGGUCUCCAUAUAACAAACAUUUUCUCCAUUCUAACUAAUCCAGAUGGAGUUUUGAAAAAGGUAAUUGAAACUACUCAUUCAACAGAUGCUUUUGAAGUGUCUGAGAAACAAAAUAAUCCCAUGUUUACCAAGCCAGGAGGAAAUGUUGCUUUUACUUGCCCUGAUAAAAUUGGAGAUUCAGUGCAGCAAGUGAUGUGGGAAAGGAUUAAAGCAGAUUGGGUAGAUUUUGUCAUUCUGUGCAACUCAUCAAGAAAGCAAACUUUUUUUGCCUUAGAUUUCAAAGAAUGUACACCAGUGGAUUGCUCUGAUCAGGAAAACUCCAGGUUUGUCUUUCAAAACAUUACAGCCUCUGACUUUGUGAUAUACUUCCGUGUAGCUGCUGGGAGAAACAAAAACUAUAUGAUGAAUUUUACUGUGGCUGCAGCUUGGGAUCACAAAUGGUUUAUUACCUACCUAGCUGAAAGGAUUUCUGCUGCUGUUUUGGUGUUAGAUUUCCUACUGAUCUUCUGCAUCACCACUGCUUAUCACAAAAAACCUCCUUCUAACAGUUAUGGAAGAUCCAAUUUUCAUGGCUUACAGAGCAGAGAAAGAAGAGGAGAAGAAUCAUCACUCAGGCAGACAGAGGAGAUUUAUGUCAACUGCAAAAAUGUCUCAAACAAACAUAAGAAAAGAUCAUUAAGUUCUUUCUUAAGAAUGAAGCAAUCAAAGCAUAGGCCUUUUAUUUACAGAAUAGACUUUAUUUUCUCUGUGCUGGCGAGAAGUGGAAGGUCAAACUGGCUGUGCUGGUACGGCCUGAGCUGCUUCGGCAGGACAGUGACGAGAUCCUGGAUGUGCUGGUGUUGUAUUGCAGCCUGCAGAGUUACCCUAUCCCUUAAUUCAUGUGCAGGAUUAGAGACUAUUUGUCCUUCUGUAAUAGAAACACUUUUUCCUAGUAGGUGGACUCUUAAGGAUCAAUUGUAGAACAGCUCUAAUAUGCAGAAUGGAGCUGCAUAUGUUUACAUAAAGUUAAUUUGGUCUGAGAAAUCUAUGUGUAUGAGAAGCCCAUGCGACAGGGUGAGAAAGAAAAUGUGUUUGAUGUUGUCUAUGUUCAUGGUUUUUGCAUCUCAAAUUGAGAGCUCUAUGGAAUAAUAAAUACCCAUGAUUUUCCACACAGGAGGUGUUAUUUUGCUGCCGGGCAAACAGUGCUAUUCAGCUGACAAAAGCAAAUGUAUCAGGGCUCCUUGAACCUAGAUUUAAAAGUAUGAACAGCAGCUUGGUAUCUGACAGCUUUGUGGUUUUACAGGCUUUUGCC